AUGGCCAAGAGUCACCGUACUGUUUUUCCCUUAAGUAAUAACAAAGCUGCUUUACCUUUUGAGUUAGUCCAUUCUGAUGUAUGGGGUCCUACUCGGGUGACUUCUCAUGGUUUCCGUUGGUUUGUUACGUUUAUUGAUGACUGCACUCGCUUAACAUGGGUGUAUUUGAUGAAGAAUAAACAUGAUGUUGCCUCUAUUCUCCCUAAUUUUUGUGCCAUUGUGUCUACUCAGUUUCAUGCUCAUGUUAAAGUAUUUCGGACCGAUAAUGGUGGUGAAUAUGUGAAUCAUACCUUGAACCAGUUCUUUCGUGAUCACGGUAUCAUUCACCAAACUACCACUCCAUUCACUCAUCAACAGAAUGGUGUGUCUGAAAGGAAGAAUCAUCAGUUACUUGAAGUUGCCCGCUCUCUUAUGUUGGAUAUGUCUGUUUCCCAUCAUCUUUGGGGACAUGGUGUCUUGGCCGUGGCCUACUUGAUUAACCGUACUCCUAGUCGGGUUCUUGAUUUCAAGACUCCGCUUGAUGUGUUGUGUGCCCAUACUCCUCCGGUUUCGGGCUCUAAGUUACCUCCGAAGGUACAUGUUACUUUGGAUGUCACCUUUCAUGAAGAAGUACCCUAUUAUGUUUCCCCCUCCUCUUCAAUUCAAGGGGAGAGGGGGAAUGAAUUAAAGAGUUUCAGAGUAGAAAAUGUGGAAGAUAUUGGACCUGAAGAAGGAAUUUCUGGUGAACAGGAAGCAACCGGUCGCAUGGAGGAAACGACCGGUCGCGAACGAAUCUGCCUGGAUACGACCGGUCGCAUAGAAGUGAGCGAUCGGUCUCUAACGAAUCUGCCUGAAAGCGAUCGGUCGCACAUAGGAAACGACCGGUCGCCUGCCUCAAUGAGCGACGACAAUGACAAUACGAGUGACGCGACCGGUUGCCAGGAAUGUCACGACCGGUCGCCCGGUGAUAUUUUGGAAUUUUUUGAGCCUCUCUCAGAAGGACAUAACAGUGAUACUAGCGACUCUCAUACAGAUGAAAUUGAUACAGGACCCCCCUCUGCCCUGCCACUGCCCCAAUCAACUCGUGAUAAUGAGGUUGUUUGUGCCAAAUAA